CUUUGCUUUCACCUGCUGAUAUAUUUUGAAAAGUUGGGGCCUGUAGAAUCAUGGGGAAAGCAGAUCAAAAAGAAAGAAUAACAAGCUACAAAGAAGCACGCGAAUUAGCUUCCGGUCUCCAGGGCCACUCCGAUUAAUUCUCCGUCAUGCGUGAGACCUGCUCACCAGUAACACUCGGGGAUUUUGGCGUCUUCGCGUGAUGGCUCAAAGUAGGAGCUUUUUCGACGAAGUUAAGAGGGAAUUAGAAUGUUCAGUGUGCAAGGAGCAGUUUAGUGAAAGCAACGAACCGAAAAUACUGAAAUGUCUUCACACUUUCUGCAAAUCCUGUCUGGAAGCUUGGCUGCGACAGCAGGGUGGAGAAGCGUUGAGUUGUCCAACCUGCCGUCAGAUCACCGAAUGCCCGAGCAACAACAUCAGCAGCCUUCCAUCCAACCUGUUUUACAAGCAGAUGGUGGACAUUGUUAAGGCUUACAGCGGACUAGGCCAGGAAGAUUCACCACACUGUGGAAACUGCGACGUAAGAAAGUCGUUGAAGUACUAUUGUGCUGAUUGCAAUCACUUCCUGUGUGAAGACUGCGCUAGGGCUCACAGAAAAAUGAAAGCUCUUAGUGGUCAUCAGGUUAAAGAAAUUGGGAAAUUCAAGCCUAGCGAUGCCCGAGAUUACGCCAGGAGAGCAAAUGUUUGCAAGAAACACAACGAUGAAGUGCGAUUUUAUUGUGAACAAUGCGUGAUAUGUAUUUGCCGUGACUGCGCCAUAUUGGAUCAUCGAGACCACAACAUCGUUUCGCUUGACAACGGAUUACAAAAGAAGAAAUCAGAAAUUGAGAAUAAGAUGCAAGAAGUCCAGGCAAAUGUUCCUCGUUUGAAGAGCGAAAAAGAAUUCCUCGAAAAGCAAAGAAUAAGAAUGAACAAAAGCGUCGAACAAGCGACACAAGAAAUACACAGAACGGUGGAAAGGAACAUAGAAUUGAUUCGCCAGCAUGAAGCAAGCAUGACCGAUCGACUAAUGAAGCAGAAAGAAACUUUCGAUGCUGCAUUUUCAAACACAAUGACCAGCCUGGACGAAAAACUGGUUGAAAUAGAGAGCAGCUUGGACUUUGGCAACGAAAUACUUCAACGAAAUAAUUUACCAGAGAUUCUAAACGUGGAAGAAGUGCUUGAACAAAGGUUUCAGGAACUUAUGGAGCCUUGUGCAUUUAACUUGAAGGCAAAUUAUUCCACCGUCAAAUACGUUUCAAAUGACUUGUCGUCCCUGAAAGAUUCACCGGGGAAGUUACUCACGACAAACACUGAACCUUCGUCAACCAUGGUGGAUAGCAUGGCCCUGACAGAGGGUGCCGUACAAGGCGAAGAUUGCACUUUUACAGUGAUUACAAAGGAUUCACAGGGAAUUAAAACCUACAGUGAAAUUGACAUGGUUGAAGUUUGCAUCCAGUCUCUCCAGACGAGAAAAACCUUGGAGGCCACCAUAACAGACUCAAAAGAUGGCUGCUAUAAAGUAUCAUACAGACCUGAAGCUGCAGGAGAGUUCAAUGUUGUCAUAACAGUGGCAGGCGAAGCGAUCAAGGGAAGUCCCUUCCACUUGAAAGUGAAAGAAAGAAAGUUGAGAGGAGAAAAGAAAGCAAAACAUACGGAAUCGCCAGUCAAGCCGCCAACAUUUAUCAAGUGCUGUAGGUGCUCGGAAUACGCCUUUGUGGCUUACCUAUCACUAUGUGGUCACUACGUCUGCAAGCCCUGUAAAAACCAGAUAAAAGGGGUAUGUGUAGAGUGCGGACAGGAUGUGAUUUGUGAAGGAAACCAACCAACUGGGCACAUGACCUAUGGGACUGAUGCAGAUCAUUCUCUCCCGGGGCACGAAGACUGUGGAACCAUAGUGAUUCGCUUCAACUUUGACAGAGGCAUUCAAGGUCCGGAGCAUCCCAAUCCGGGGGUACCCUACUGGUGCUUCUUCUGUAACGCCUACCUUCCUGAUAACGCGGAAGGGCAGAAAUUGUGCAGCCUGCUGAGAACGGCGUUUGAUGGACGAUUGUUAUUUACCAUUGGAGAAGACAAUACCGUCUUAUCUAACGGUGUCGAACUGAAAACGAGUAUAAGUGUAUGGCCAUCCAGGUGCGGCUAUCCGGACCCAGGAUAUCUUGAUCGACUCAAGAGCCAACUGGCACAAAAGGGAAUUUCACAGUCAGGCGAGGCAGCUCUUCCAUAGACUGCUACGCUUUGUUCGAACCUUGUUUCGCUAGUCCAAAGCGAGUACUCUGACAAUAGAUAGUUUUAGGAAUGUUCCAGGAAGAAGAGGAAUACAAAAGGUAGUUGAGUUUCAGCGUCAACAAAUUAAUACCAGAUCUUUGGCAGCCUUUUCGCAAUUUCGUGCAACGAGCCAAAAAAAAAAGAAACGAGUCAAGUUCAUGUUGGCGGUAACAAUCAUAGGUGCUUUUUAUUUUUAUAGGAAAACCGGUUUUUCCAGUAGGAAACGAAUUAAUUUGAAGGGGCCUUUCCACUGGAAGUUUGAUGAGAUACACAGCCUGUUCGGUGGGAAUUGAAAUGGAGUAGUCCUUUCGACUGAAAAGUUUUCAAAUGCUGUCAAAUGGUGAGAUCUCGAUGACAAUUCUACUACUUUUAUUCAUCAAAAAGUUAAAUGUUCGGCUUCUUUUCUCAAUUUUGUUUUCCUAACUGGUAAUCAGGACUUCUUGUUGUCCAGUUCCGUUUGUAAGUGUAUUGAUUAAUCAAAACGGAUUCCCACUUCGCGGUGGUUUACAUUUGUUAGGCAGACCACUCAUAUCUAGUACGACCAACUCUUGCGGUAUCGUGUUGCCAUCACAACUGUCAAAGUUGUUCCGUGUUCAUGAGCGCUGGUAUUAUUACAGCCUGAACAUCACGGCUUAUUUACAGUGAACCUAGGCCAUGAGUAUUUGUGUGAAUCGAAAAAAAAAAAAGUGCCGUCAUGUUUCACUUGAAGGACUGCUGGUCCAUUGCAGAUUUAUUACUUCGCACAACAUUCUAAUCAAGGCUAUAUGAAAUGCAUCCUGUGACGAUAAUAAACAAUUAUUGGAUGA